AUGUGGAAAGAUUUACAAGUGCAGAUUGGUAGUCAUCUAGUCCCAACAGACUUUGUGGUUCUGGAGCUUGGGGAAGAGCCCAAAGAUUCUCUCAUUCUAGGAAGAUCUUUCUUGGCAACACCUGAAGCUAUUAUUGAUGUGACGAGAGGAAGGAUUGAUCUUCGUCUGGGAGAUAUGAUCAUGAAUUUCCAGGCUGAGAGCCAGCAUGGAUAUCUAAGUGCUGACACCAUUGCGUAUGCAAAGAUGCUGGGCUCUAGAGUGAGAAUGGGAAAGAUGGUUACAUUUGUUUCACUCGAUGAGGCUGCAGAGAAAUUGCCUGUAGAGACCACUGAAAAUCCUUGGAGCAAGCUGAAAGCUCCAAAGAUUGAGCUUAAAUCACUUCCCGAUGGGCUAAGGUACGUAUUUCUUGGUCCUAACUCUACUUACCUUGUCAUCAUCAAUUCUUAA